AUGUACAUUUUGGUACUGCACGUUAUCGCACGAAAAGAGCAUCGCCGAUUGGCCUGCUACAAAAUCAUGCUUGUCUUAGGAGUAUACGACAUGUGUGCUAUCGGAGUGAAUUCUUUGCUCACCGGAUAUUUUUGGUUGAUUGGUGCGAACUACUGUCUGAUGCCAUUACUGAUGUACGUCGCCGGAGCAAUCGGACUAGGUCUAUGGUGUGGUGCAUGCAUGACUUGCUUCGUUCUAGUAAUCAAUCGGUUGCUUGAUCUUUGGAAUAGACAGAUGAUGCAACUGUUGUUCAAAGAUAACCGUACUUACAUUGUUCUGCUGAUUCCAUUCUGCUACAGUAUUUAUUUCAUCAUUUUCACUCCACCUCUACUAUUCAAUUCGGAUCAUACUGCAUGGUUUUUUAGCCCAUUCAUUGAGAAGAGCAACAAUGCCGAGUAUUUCAACUAUCCUCACACGGCCAACAACCUGCUUAUAGUGGUACUCACUUGUUUACUGUAUGUUCAAUACUCAAGGCUACUUCUGAAGAACUCCAAAAUUGACAGAGGACUGUCGUGGGCACAGAAAUCGUUUUUCUUACAAUCGUCAUCAAUCUGCAUGGCCAACUUGGUUGCUGCUCUGAUCUACGUGUAUAUGCAGUUCUUCCCGACGCCCUACUAUUUCGUCCUUAUUGGUCACAUCUGCUGGCAGUUCGGGCACGGUACUGUCGAUUUUUUGGUGAAACCCCAGCCAAGUAACAACUCAAUUCUCUUAUGUGAAGGGUAG